UUAUUAAAGGGUGCAUAUGAGUGCUUAAAAUGUUAAAAUGUUGGAUUCUCCCAUCACCCAUCCCAAAGAAAACUCUUGAACCUUCAGCGAGAAGAGCCGCCCAACAUUUCAUCACAGCAUGCCGUGCGCGCUCCCAAAGAGCAGUCACGCCCCGCCCGCCAAUGGACUCACGGACGCGCUGAAACCCCCCCUACUGUAUCGAUGAAGUUGUUUCAAAGAUGGCGGAUUUCCUGCCGUCCCGGUCGUUUUUAUCGGUUUGUUUUCCUAACUGUCUCCUUAAUAGCGGUGAGGCAGAACAAUUAAGGAAAUCUAAAGAGAUAGAUAAAUGUCUAUCGAGGGACAAAACAUAUGUGAAACGGCUGGUGAAGAUAUUAUUACUCGGCGCUGGCGAGAGCGGCAAAUCCACUUUUCUCAAGCAGAUGCGCAUCAUACAUGGCCAGGACUUCGAUCAACGGGCCAAAGAAGAGUUCCGGGCUACGAUUUACAGCAAUGUUAUCAAAGGCGUACGAGUGCUGGUGGACGCGCGCGAGAAGCUGCACAUCCCGUGGGGCGACGCGGGCAACCAGUCGCACGGGGACACCAUGAUGGCGUUCGACACGCGGUCCUCCAUGAUGAUGCACGGCAUGGUGGACGCCAAGGUCUUCCUGCAGUACCUGCCCUCCAUCCGCGCCCUCUGGGCCGACACGGGCAUCCAGAACGCCUACGACCGCCGCAGGGAGUUCCAGCUGGGUGAAUCAGUGAAGUAUUUCCUGGACGGCUUGGACAAACUGGGGAUGCCGGACUACCUGCCGUCGCAGCAGGACAUCCUGCUGGCGCGCAAGCCCACCAAGGGCAUCCACGAGUACGACUUCGAGAUCAAGAACGUGCCCUUCAAGAUGGUGGACGUGGGCGGCCAGCGCUCGGAGCGGCGGCGCUGGUUCGAGUGCUUCGACAGCGUGACGUCCAUCCUCUUCCUGGUGUCCAGCAGCGAGUACGACCAGGUGCUGAUGGAGGACCGGCAGACCAACCGGCUGACGGAGUCGCUCAGCAUCUUCGAGACCAUCGUCAACAACCGCGUCUUCUCCAACGUCUCCAUCAUCCUCUUCCUCAACAAGACGGACUUGCUGGAGGAGAAGGUGAAGACGGUGUCAAUCAGGGACUAUUUCGAGGAGUACUCGGGCGACCCGCACAGCCUGGCCGACGUGCAGAAGUUCCUGGUGGAUUGCUUCCGCAGCAAGCGGCGGGACCAGCAGCAGAAGCCGCUCUACCACCACUUCACCACCGCCAUCAACACCGAGAACAUACGCUUGGUCUUCCGCGACGUCAAGGACACCAUCCUGCACGACAACCUCAAGCAGCUCAUGCUGCAGUGAUCCAAGGUUGCCCUGUGCAGAUGCCCCCCGCCCCCCCUCCUCCCUCCCUCUUCCUCCCUUCCCACAUUCACCCACCCGCCCCCAUCUUUUUCCCUCCCCAGUCAAACUCCUGUCCUGUCUCGCUGGUUCAGAUACCACUGCACCUCACCUCCCUUACUCCUCUUCUCUGAUUUGCAGGCUUUAGACAAACACAUACACACACUUGCACAUACACACAGCUCCCAUGUGCUUUUUACACACACACACACACACACACACACACACACACACACACACACACACACACACACACACACACACACACAUUCAUGCAAACACACCUCCAAAAUCCAACCACUAGUUCGUUUCCCAACACUCCCUCCCUCCCUCUCUACCCCUAAAGCCCCAAAUAUUGAGAUGGACGAGGUUUCGUCUCUACUUUGUGCCUGUUCUUAACUCACUGUAGUCCCGUGCUCUAUACCGCUCUGACAGCCUGCUUUAGAAGCUGGGGCGUUAGGCGGGAUGGGACUUUUGUAAAUGCCACCCUUUGCUCCCUUCCGUCCUCUGAGACUUUAAAGUGGCCAUGGCUACUUGCUGAUGCCGGAGGGUCUUUUCGUCUGUAUGUGUAUUUGUCUGUCUGUCUGUCUUGUCUUUCAGUUUGUUUGUUUUUAGAGUGUUAUUGUUGUGUACAAAUCCACCCCGCCGUGUCAAACUGUAUUGCGUUGCCUUAUUCCCACCCUCCUCCUUGUAGCCCCCUUGUGGCCAAUAUGCGCUCCUGCAGGAUGGCUCUGCACGAGCUUCACCUCCUCCGUUGUAUCCAGCCAUCACCACAAGAUUUAAAAUAAGAAACUGAUGCAGGCGGCAAGCUAACGAGAACGAAAGCAGAGAUUGAAAAAAGAAAUGCCCGUCUUGUUUUCUUUGAGCUUGUGAUUUUUGUUUUGAUUUUUCUUUUUCUGCCGGUUCAUUUUGUGUUAAUGUAGAAUGCAAUGAAAAAACAUCAGAGCACUGUCCUUGUUUUAAAAAAAAAUAAUUGUCGCCUCUUGAGCCUUUUUAACACUGACCAACUACUCGCUAAGCAGCUGAUGUUGAUGUCUAAAGAAGCUGAGCUGACCUGUAUGUGUGUGUGUGCGUUUGUACAGCAGUCGGCCUGCCGUCUUGAGUAGAGAGGGUUUGCCAACGAUCGAUCGUCAGAAAGCCUUCUGGUGUUUUAAUCGUUAUUGUAUGGAAAAAGAGAUGUUCUGAGCCUUUGUCCACACCUGUCUAGGCCCACUUUGUUUUUCUGUUUUUUUUCUUUUUUUUCUUUUUUAAUUCUUUCUGAAAUUGUAGGUGUCUAAUCAGUUGUUUUAAAUCUUGGAUUUCGUUAUAUAUGUUAAAUAUAUGGAUAUAUAAAUAUAUUUACCUAUAAGAAAAAAAAAGAUCUUAAGUUAUAUUUCGAAAAGUUUACACUUUUUUUGGCUUCUCGAGGAUUUCUGUUACAAGCAAUUGGAGAUUUUUCUAUUGUGUUUUUUUUUUUUUUUUUUUUUUUUUGAGGGGGAGGGGUUUGUCAAGUGUGUGUGUGCGCUACGUGUACACAUGUGUGCACAGUAAAGUGAAUUCAGUGUUGUCAGCCGUGCAGGCCAAAGGCAGGUUUCAGUAUGUACAUGUUUUGAGUAAACUCAGGGCUUCUCAUGACCACUUCUGUGUUCCCCUAAUGCCAACGGUCAAACCCUUUCCACAGGGAAUGGAAUUGUUGGUUUAUUCUGAUUGGCCAGCAUAUGAUUUUGACUGGCUUUGAUUGGCCUCCUGCUGCUGGUAUCAACCAAUCCCUGUCCUUCCCCUUUCUCUCUUCAACCAACCAGCUAAGACUCCUCCCCCUACCCCCUUCUUUCCCCCCAAUGGUCCUGACCUAAAGAAGAUUACUUUAGAGGUGGUAAUGGCCAGUGGUGUUGGAUUUUAAUUUAAUUUAAUGUUUUAUUUAGUUUCUCUUUUUUCCUGCAGAUGUUUCCUUUUUGGUGAAUUUAAUGUUUUAUCUGGUUGAUUUGAACUUGGCCACAGGGGGUCGGUUACCUGUGUCUUACUAAUCAGAUGACGCCUAUGCACCUGACAAACAAAAACCACUGUAGUUAUCUAUAGGUACCAGUUGAAGCAUUGACCCUCUCUUACUCCUUUUCUUUCUUUCUUUCUUUCUUUCUUUCUUUCUUUCUUUCUUUCUUUCUUUCUUUCUUUCUUUCUUUCUUUCCUUCUUUCUUUCUUUCUUUCUUUUCUAUCUCUCACUAUCUCUCUCUUCUGGUGUAGAAACAAAAGGGAUGGAACGGCUGAGCAAAUUCCUCUCUGGGUCUCCAUUGGGUUCUCAUUCACUAUAAUAUGCCAUGUCAUGUACUACCCAUAUUGGCCUGGGUUAAAACAGGGUUUGGAUUAUUGUUUUAUUUUUUAUUUUCUCUCCUGUAAAAGCACAGUGCAGUUCUAACCGGUUUUCCCUGUUAAUCCUUUCUUUUUUUACUGUAAGUCUGAAUGGAUGUCUAAUUGUGAGUGUGUGUGAAUUGUCGUGUUUUAAAGACCUUUGCCUUGCUGUGUUAAUGCAGACGGGGGUACCUUAAGUUGUGUGUAUUAGUGGCCUUUGGUGCAGUGUGGUGCAAGGGUCUCUCCCUGAUCUCUCCAGAAAGGACACACACUCGAAUAUACAUGUACACGGUUCUACUGUAAAUACCACUGUUCUGACCUGUAAUGCUGUAACCUGUUCCAACUGUGCGGAGUUAACAGGAUUUACACCCCCUCCCUGCCACAUUGUAUAGCACACUCUCCUUCACUUACACACCCAAACAGCCAGUACACUGCUGUGACUACACACACACACACACACACACACACACACACACACACACACACACACACACACACACACACACACACACACACACACACACACACACACACACACACACACACACACCUGUGUUUGACACUGUAAAUGUAAAAAUGGACAUGAAAGCAGGGAAGGUAAACCCACUUGCUUAUGUCGCCCCUAUGUACAUUCCCUGUCCUCACAGACUAAAAGUGUCCCUUUGCACAAACACACACACACACACCUUCUGUGGUCAGGUCCCUGUCUCUCUCAGCCUCCGGUGCCUGUCUACGGUGCAAACUAGCCCUUCUGUUGGGCUGCACUUUCUCCUACUCACUCAAAAAAGUCUAAAGAAACAAAUUCAGAGGCCUUUCCUUUUUUCUACCCAAACAAACAAGCAAAUUAAAACAAAAACUUUAAACUAUAAGUUGACUGCCUUACAGAUGUUAGUCAAGCAAAAAAACCUGUUCUUCCUUUCCUCUAAGCCCUGCUGUUUAGCCAUAGCCAACACUCUAGUCUGGUGUGCAAGAUGUUCUUGGUACAUCUCUGCAAACGUCAGCUCGCCUUCAAAUUGACCUGGCCAGCUUGAGGUGUCUCUCAGCAAAAAAAAAAAAAGGUUUUGUAAAUUUUUUAGAAGGGGGGUGCUUUUAAGCACAGGUUGAUGUCAAGACCAAAAUGUGGGCCGCAGCUGAUGGAUAGAGGCGGAUGAGCGCAAGUCUCUGCAUGUGGUGAAUGCUGGUGGCCGUCAGCCAUUAGAGGGACGGAGGGACAUCUCCCCAGGGCACCAGCUCCGUGUGGCACCAGACCACACGCAGGUCACUUGUCAUAACACACAGAGCCUUUUAGCAGAGUGCCCCUUCCCUCUGCCCUGUCCCAUUUCUUUUUUCCUUCCUUUCUCUCAUUGCCUCUGUAUGUAUGUCUGUCUCUCUGACUCUCUCCUCCUCCUACUUUUUUUCUAUCCUUCCCUCUGCCCUGUCCCAUCUCUUUUUCUUCUAUCUUUCUAUGUCAGUCUGUCUCUCUGACUCUUUCCUCUCCUUUUUUCCUAUCCCUCCCCCCUCCCUGUGUGUGUGUCUGGCUGUAAUGGUGCCAGGGUAGCACAGUGACAGUGUGACAGUACCACUUCUUGUCCAGUGAGUAGUGGUGGUGUCCAGCUGCCAACAGUGCUCGAACCACAGUGCUCUCGCCCCACUCCCUACUGGGGCCACUGCUGCGUCAGUGGAACGGGCACACGGAAAGAUGAGAUAAUGAUUAAAGGUGGGGUUGCAGGUUCACCAACAUGCUUAAUAAUUUGAUUAUGACAUCACGUUGGGGACUCCCAUAGAUGGGAGUCCCCAACAUGAUCUCAUAAUCAAAUUAUUAAGAAUGUUAAACCUGCAACCCAGCUUUAACUGCGUAUGUAUGUGUAUAAAUGCCUUUCAACUGCCACCUCAGAGCCCUCACGCUGCAGUGUUGCCACUCUUUCUAAUAUACUAGUGGCCUAGACCCCCCCCCCCCCUUCUUUUUAGCUUGUGAUGUCUGUCUCUCUCUCUCUCCCAUCUCUGGCGCUGAAUCGGGGCACCGUCUGCUAAACAAUGCUGUCAUCCUGCCCAAUACACUACUUCAGUAUUUCUCCCUUUCUUUUUAUACACACUGUAAGUUUGUGCCACAUCACGGUGCCAUGUUGGUUGAAAACGGCACGAAAAAAAAAAGAAGAAAGCAAUUGUUGGACAUAUGAAAAGUCUGUCCUGAGCUUCUUACCGUAAUGCCGCCAUUUUUAUUGUAAUUUUUGUUGUUUUUUUCUGAGGAGGCCUUGUUGAUGUUCCUAUUGUGUGUUGAAUUGGUGGAGAAGAGGGGGUGCGGUUUUACCACAAUGUUUAUGCAACUGAUUCAGUUACAAAAUGGAAGAAAAAAUGAUUCCUAGUGCCUAUGGCUCUGUCUGUUUUCUAAUCAUGUGUGAAAAGUAGGGUUUUUUCCAGAAAAAAAGUGCAAAAAAAAUGUCCUUAAUUGAAUCACCUCCUCAUAUCAGGUUCUGUGUUGCACCAGUAACGUCAGUUGAAGUCAUCUUUUUCAUGUAAAUGUCAUUCAUUCAUUCAAGACUGCUCUUAAUGUAACCUCUAACAACUGCCUUCUCACCCUGCCAUCUGCUAAAAAUAAAGACAAAGAAAAGAACGUCUCAAA